UCAAAAAAAUUAAAAUGAAAAUAAAAACUUCCGCGAUCGGAAAAAAAACUCCGCCCUGAAUUACCACCGCUCCGCCGCCGUGAUCUACCACCGAUCUCCGAUCCGCCACCUUAAUCUAUCACUAAUCCUCCUCCGUGAGUACCGCCGAUCCGCCGCCGUGAAUGGAAGGAGUAGGAGCGAGAUUCGGCCGUUCAUCAACUCGUUACGGUCCAACUACAGUAUUUACCGGUCCGGUUCGUAAAUGGAAGAAAAAAUGGGUUCACAUUAACUCUGUUAAAAGCAAUAAUCAAUCAACGCCAGCUAAUGGCGGAGUUAACGGCAGAUUUAACGGUAGAGUUAACGGCGCUAACGGUUCUAAUCUCGUGUUUUUGAAGUGGACUCCAAUUACUGCUAGCCAAAAGGAUGGCGAUUCAAAAAGCUCUGAUAAGGACGACGCCGUUCCGAUCGAUGAAUCGGAACCUCGAAAGCGAAAAUUCAAAUAUAUACCGGUCGCGCUGUUUGAUGAUCAAAAGAACGAGACAUCAGACCAGGAUGAGGCUGAAACUAAACCAAUGGAGGCUGAUGCAAUUACCGUGGAGCCAACAUCUCAAGCUGAUGAUUGUGAUGAAAAGCCUGAUAUCAAUGAUGUGCCAAUGGAAGAAAAUAAGGAUCCAGAGGAUCAACCUCCAGAAAGACAAGAUUUAAACGAAAGCACACUGGACUUGUCGUUAGGCUUCACAGAUCAUGAGGAAAACGAUGCUGACAUGAAAACCAAUCAGACAAAAGACGGUAAAUUGGACAGAGUGAACUCCAGUAGCACCGGGUAAUGCUACUCGAAUCAGUUGGGCGUUUUUAACUGCAUUAUUCCUUAAUUGACAAUGACUUUAAAGGUAAGUGUAAUGUAAAAGCCAUUGUACUAGAAUAUAGAGACACAAAAAAAGUUUUCCUUAUUGACUGAGUUCAUAUUCUUUUUCACCGGAAUUGUAGUAAAACAAUACUCUUACGAUAUUGGACUUGGUUGAAUGAAAUAUAACCUUGUUUGAUUUCUUA